CUUGGGUCGCAAAGACAGCCUCGUCCUCGAUCCAGUGCUCGGAGGCGAACAACAACUCGAGUGACAGACAAUGGCAACCGCAACCCCUACUAUCGUGCUCGUCCCGCUCUGCGUCCCCAGCCACCUCCCGUCCUUGUUUGAGGCCGGCAAGCGGCUGGUCAGCACCAGCGGCGGCGCCAUGUCGCUCACGGUGCUCUUCAUGCAGAUGACCAUGGACGACAGCCUGAUGUCCAGCGUCGCCGACUUCAUCCGCCGGGAGUCCGGGUCCGGCCUGGACAUCCGCUUCCACCACCUCCCCGCCGUGGAGCUCCCCACCGACACGCCCGGCGUCGAGAACUUCAUCAUGCGCUUCAUCCAGCUCCACGCGCCGCACGUCAAGGCCGCCCUCUCCGGCCUGGCCUCCCCGGUCGCCGGCGUCGUCGUCGACUACUUCUGCACCACCCUGUUCGACGCCAUCCGCGAGCUCGCAAUGCCCGUGUACGUGUACGUGCCGUGCUCCUCCGCCGUUCUCUCGCUCAUGCUGCGCCUGCCGGCCCUCGACGAGGAGGUGGCGGGGGAUCUCGGGGACAUGGAAGGAGCGGUGGAUGUGCCCGGGCUGCCGCCGCUGCCGGCCGCCCUCCUGCCGACGCCGCUGAUGAAGAAAGGCCCGGACUACGCGUGGAUGGUGUACCACGGCGGACGCUUCAUGGAGGCCGCCGGCAUCAUCGUGUACACGGUGGCCGUGCUGGAGGGGGCCGUCCUCACCGCCAUCGCCGACGGCCGCUGCGUGCCCGGACGCCGCGCUCCGACCGUCUACGCGGUCGGCCCCGCGGUGUCUGCGCCGGUCAAGGCACCCGGCGAGCAGCCGCACCGGUGCGUGGCGUGGCUCGACGCGCAGCCGCCGGCGUCCGUCGUGCUGCUCUGCUUCGGGAGCAUGGGCGGUAGCUUCCCCGCGCCGCAGGUGAGCGCGAUCGCUGCCGCGCUCGAGCGCAGCGGGCACCGGUUCCUGUGGGUGCUCCGUGGCCCCGUACCGGCCGGCAGCCACUCGCCGUACCCGUCCGACGCCAACGUCGACGAGCUCCUCCCGGAAGGGUUCCUGGAGAGGACCAAGGACAGGGGCCUCGUGUGGCCCACGUGGGCGCCGCAGAAGGCCAUCAUCGCCCACGCCGCCGUCGGCGGGUUCGUGACCCACUGCGGGUGGAACUCAAUCCUCGAGAGCCUGUGGCACGGCGUGCCGAUGGCGCCGUGGCCGCAGCACGCGGACCAGCACAUGUGCGCGUUCCAGCUCGUGUCCGUGGUGGGCGCCGCCGUGGGCAUGGAGGUGAACAGGAAGCGGGGCAACUUCGUGGAGGCCGCGGAGCUGGAGCGGGCGGUGCGGAGCCUGAUGGGCGACGGGUCGGAGGAGGGGCGGAGGGCGCGGGAGAAGGCCGCGGAGAUGAAGGCCGCGUGCCGGAAGGCCGUGGCGGAGGGCGGGUCGUCGCACGCCGCGCUGCAGAAACUGGCCCGGGAGAUGUUACAACGUGGCGGAUGCGAGGCUGAGGCUUCUGCUGCUGCAAGCCUGUAAACCGGGCCCUGGUUCGCUACUGUGGUGGCUGUUGCUGUAUCCUGUCUCUGCGUCUGCGUCUCCUACGUUUGCAGAACUUUCGUAGCUCUAUUUGGCUUGAAUAAUUAAUGUUCUGUUGAGUCACAAUGUUGUGUAUGUUCUGUUGUGAGGUUUUCUGCAAACAGUUGGGUAAUUGUUGGAGACAAGAAAGAUUGAUCUUUGGUGCGCCGUGCGCGGCGAGAAUUGUUACUUGAGAGAUUGGGUGCAUGUAGGCUUUCCCUAUAUCAACCUAUGUUGGCUGUUUGUUUU